AUGGCGACGGCCGCCGAGGACAAGGCUGGACAAAGCCGGGGAACAAAAGUGGACGGCAGAGCCGACAUGGGAAUUGGCAGGUACCACUGGAUGUGCCCCGGCUCCCAGAACCGCCAGUACCACCCCGUGCCGACCCCGGGGGCCAGGGCCGGCCCCUGGAGCGGUCCAGGCUGCUUCGAAUGCUGCAUCAAGUGUCUGGGCGGCGUCCCCUACGCCUCCCUGGUGGCCACCAUCCUCUGCUUCUCGGGCGUCGCCUUGUUCUGCGGCUGCGGGCACGUGGCCCUCGCGGGCACCGUGGCGAUUCUCGAACAGCACUUCUCCACCAACACCAGCGACCACGCCCUGCUGAGCGAGGUGGUCCAGCUCAUGCAGUACGUCAUCUACGGCAUCGCCUCCUUCUUCUUCCUCUACGGCAUCGUCCUGCUGGCCGAGGGCUUCUACACCACGAGCGCCGUCAAGGAGCUGCACGGCGAGUUCAAGACCACGGCCUGCGGCCGGUGCAUCAGCGGCAUGUUCGUUUUCCUCACCUACGUGCUCGGCGUGGCCUGGCUGGGCGUCUUCGGCGUCUCGGCGGUGCCCGUGUUCAUGUUCUACAACGUGUGGUCGACGUGCGAAGCCAUCAAGGCGCCGCAGACCAACGGCACCGUGGCCGUGGACCAGAUCUGCGUGGACGUCCGACAAUACGGAAUCGUCCCUUGGAACGCUUUUCCCGGAAGGAUAUGCGGCCCGGCCCUGGAGAGCAUCUGCAACACGAACGAGUUCCACGUGUCCUACCACCUGUUCGUCGUGGCCUGCGCCGGGGCCGGCGCCACCGUCAUUGCCCUGAUCCACUUCCUCAUGAUUCUGUCCUCUAACUGGGCCUACCUCGCCGACGCCGGCCACAUGCAGGCUCGCCGGGACAUCGGCGCCAAGGAGGAGCAGGAGCUGCGCGACGUCCCGCGCCGGCCCCCGGAGCAGCUCAACUCCUACACGUAGACGCGCGCGCCCGAGUCCCGGCCCUGACCGACCGCCGGACGAACCGAUGAAGGCGCGCCAACACGUCGCCGGCCGUCUCCGAGCUGCUGGGGGUGCACUGCUGUGGGGAAAACCUUCCAGCGGGUCCAUCUUGUUUUUUUUUUUUUCUUAUAACAAACAUUAGAGGGUUCACGGGAGCCAUUUUAAAAGGCAACACUUCGGACACGAUACGGUCUCGUUCACGGUCCCGAAAUCCAUGGCGCGCUUGGGACGCGUCUACGCAGACGACCGGCCGUGGGGGUGCGUCCACGUUCCGGGAGAGGGGCCUGCGACACGCCAGCAGCGUGAUCGUAAACACGCAGAUGAGACCCUGAAUUGGCGUACCGUAGGACACUGAAUGGGCGUACCGGAGGACACUGAAUUGGCGUACCGUAGGACACUGAAUUAGCAUGAAUUUGCAUAGUCAGUAGCUGGCAUUGAUCCAACUGUGGCUCAAAUUAAUGUGAUUUUUAACUUUUUUUUACAAUGUCAGCAAUCACGGCUCAAGAGAAUGUGAUUCUUAGCUGAGAUUGUAAAAAAAAAAAAUCUAUAUUCUACCCAGAGACCCAAAAACACAAAGAAUUUCAUUCCAUAAAUUUCAAAUUUUUUUUUUUCUUAAUCAGUGUAAGAAGUGUUCCCUUAUUAAAAUGGCCGCCCUGAACCAUUUUCCCGUGGUCUGGACGGCGCGUGGUCCGUCCCACACCAACUCUGGAAUAAUCGUUUUUGAGCUCGAGCCUCAGCCAUUUUUCAGAAGAAAUUUGCCUUCCACGUCAUCGCGGUCCGGAACAUUGACGCUGGGUGCUGGGGGUUCGAGACCCGGGUGUCCAAGAUGGCAGCCCGCCGCGUGCUGUUCUUUCUGGAACGAUCCGUGCGGCCGCCGGGUGCACCUGCGCCUUCCCCAGGGGGCCCGCGUCCCACAGGGUCCACCGUGUCCGUCCGUGUGCACAGCUCACGUGUGGUUGUCCAACAUACGUGUGCGGAGACGUGUCCACACGGGAGGCAGCCUAGCUCUACCGAGAGGCCAUGAACACGGACCAUCACGUUUUUCGUUUGACGCCCAAAAACGCCCGUGUGGACGUUGGUGUUGACCCGGGGGACGCCCUCCUCCGUGUGGAGCCGUGGCAGCCCGGCGGCUCGGUGUCCCGUGUCCCCCCGCUGCAUGGCGGACGUCCGUGUCGGCCGGAGUCCCGUGUGCGAGAUCAGCCGGAGCCGGAAGCCUACAUUGUCCUUCGCCGACCUCUGGCAGCCACGACCAGGAAACCUUCGGAAGUUUUCAGUCUCAAUAUUUUUUACGUAAAAAGCGUUCGAUUUUUUGCUACGUCUACGUUUUUUUUGUAACCUAACAGCGAGUCAGUAUUUUCUAUCCGUGCCAAGGGCUUCCUGUCGCUCUCCGAGAGUCUCAAUAAAAUAUUUGUAGAUAAUCGUC